UAUGGACAAUGAAGAAAGGAAAGUAGGUGAAAAGAUACUUGCAGAUGAUAUAUCUGAGAAGGGUAAUGAUAUGAAUCCUUAAAAAAAAUUAUACACUUUGUAAGACAACAUAUGAUUCAGGUUUCACAAAGGCCCAAAAAGUUUGUCUAAGGAAGGGGAUUAAUAUUCAUCUCCUACCAGAAAUUCAGAAGGUUUUAUGGCGACAGAACAAUACAGUGAAUAUUAAUAUUAUAAUACUAAGAUAAGGAGUAAGAAGAACAAGAGACCUAAAAUAAAAUCUAUCAAUCUAAGUCUAAAAGUCAACUAGUUCCUAAGGGAUAGAGCUAAGAGCCUGAAAUAGCUAGAUAGACCUAGUCCCAAAUCAAAUUUAGAUGA